AGCACGGGAAAGAGCGAUCAGCGCGGCGCAUGUGCAUCGUUGGGAGAGAGAGAGAGCAAGAGCGAAGAAACAGCGAGAGACAAAACCCUUACAAUUUUCACGAUGUGUAGUUAAUAAACAAGCGUGUAAAUCAACGCGCUAACAGACAGGCGUCAGGUGGCCGAAGAACAGAGCGUCGACGAGGAGAUAGCGCGCGUGUGAACACGUCCUAUACGAGGAUGAACGUGGCCGGUGGAUCGGGGUUCUCUCGCACCGAGAUUUUUAUGCUCGUUGCGAGAUUAUCCUUCGUUACGGCUAUCGGCUUCUUCAGCAUGAAAUAUAUUAUGAACCAGCUCGACCCCAAUAACAAGCAGAAGCGCAAGGCUAAAAAGAAGGCGGAGGAACAGUUGAGGAAGCUGGCUAGGACAGAUGCCGUAGCUUUAACCAGGACCAUUGAUCUUGAGCAGCUGACUGACUAUGAGAUGAUGAUUGCCAGUCAUUUGGUGGAUCCUAAGGACAUUCGAGUGUCUUGGGAGAACAUUGCUGGACUGGAGCAUGUUAUACAAGAGCUGCAGGAGACUGUCAUUCUUCCUAUUCAGAGAAAAGAGCUCUUUGAAGACUCGCAACUGACCCAAGCACCCAAGGGUGUGCUACUCCAUGGACCACCAGGAUGUGGAAAGACUAUGAUCGCCAAAGCUACGGCCAAAGAAGCUAAAACUUGUUUUAUUAACUUAGAUCUCAGUAUAUUAACGGAUAAGUGGUACGGAGAAAGUCAAAAGCUCACUGCUGCUGUAUUCUCUUUAGCAGUCAAGCUUCAACCGUGUAUUAUAUUUAUCGAUGAAAUUGAUUCCUUCUUGAGAGCACGUAACUCUCAGGAUCAUGAAGCAACAGCUAUGAUGAAGGCACAAUUCAUGUCACUAUGGGAUGGCUUGAUAACCGAUCCUUCAUGUACAGUCAUCGUUAUGGGUGCAACAAACAGGCCACAUGACUUAGAUAGAGCAAUUCUUAGAAGAAUGCCUGCAACUUUUCAUGUUGGUCUACCUAAUGAACAACAACGAACACAAAUUUUAAAUUUAAUACUGGCUAAUGAGCCAAUAGCAGAGGAUAUAAGUAUCGCACAAUUAUCAAGAAUGACUGAUGGCUUUUCUGGAUCCGAUUUGCAAGAACUCUGUAGAAAUGCAUCAGUAUACCGUGUGAGGGAUUAUAUCAGGAAUUCCUAUGCUACACGUGCUGGUACAAGUGGGGAUGAAGAAGUUUACCAUGACGCAGUACGUCCUAUAACAAUGGAUGAUCUAGUAACUUCUUUAAAGAAAAUGAAGACCUCAAAAGUGCAUACAGGUAGCAAACAUGUCUAAAUUGGAUCUGG